CUCCGGGAGGUAAACAAACAUCCCUCGUCGCUCGCGCAGUGCCUGGUUGUACGACGGAAAAAGAGUACUACCUUUCAUUUUGUGCUUAAUUGAGUUGUUUCUCCCACUGUCAGUGCUUAAUUUGUUUAGGAAUGGAGGACAAUAGAACAUAUCUGCCACCUGAAUGGAACAAUGAGGAAAGGAUGAGAGUGCUGCUGGGCCCCAUGCCCCAGACACAGGAUAUUGUUGCGCGAAAUGCUCGUCUCACAUUUUGGUCUGCUGCUAUACAUCUGUGGUGCAAAAGGACAAACAAGCUCGUCUUUACACUUCAGGAAACACUUGCAGCCUUUAGGCGUGGUACUCAGGUCCCUCUUUGUAUACCGGAAGUUCUUGUACAUAUGAACAGACAAAUACUCCAUGCCUUCAAGACAGGUAUGCAGGCAAUUCGUGAUUCUUUUGCAAAUGAUAUAUCAGCUGAAGGUGUUGCUAAUACGAUGGAUGAACUACAAGAAGUGCUUGAGGAAUGUAAAGAUAUAAAUUCAGUCCUCGCCACUGGUGUUAUGGAAGAGGAUGUAGAUGACUCUUCUUUGCAAGAAGAACUGGAUCAACUAAUGUCAACAGAUCAGAAAUCUUUAACCCAUCAUGAUGAACUGAUAAAGAGCAUGUCAGGUCUUACUCUUCCUGAUGUCCCUCAAAGCAACCCAUUGUCAUCUCUGAAUGCACAACCAAGUUCCCCAACUGUAAAAGCUACACCAUGAGGAAUGAUCGAAGAAUAAUGUGUGAACUCUUAAGUCACACAAACUGCCCUUCUUUUGCUGUUAAUGUCAGAAAUAUAGUAUAAUAAUGCA